AUGGAUAACACCGUUGCUUCUGUGGUCCUCGAAGCUACACAGAGUAUGGACGAGUUCGUUGACCUGGAGGUCGACACAGUCGAUGCGGCAGAGGCUAAUGGCCGUAUCGAUAGGUUGUGCAUCAGUAAGGACGUUGACUCUCGUUCUUCGAAUGGUAACGUACUCUCAAGCUAA